AUGGAUUCAGGUGGAACACACCACAACAGGCAUGCCGUGGGGCGCCGUGCGUCUGCUUUCUGGAAAGCAAUGCUUGCGGAGGCCAUUGCUCGCAAGAUUGUGCCUCUAUCGCUGGUUCCGGAUUCCCUGCGAGAGUCCCGCCUUGAUUUGGAACCGUUCCCCGUGCUCGCCCAGAGCGGGGGCCAGGAUGGCAAUGCAGUGCCCGCUGAGCCCCCUCGCUGCCGUAUAGCGCGCACAGACAGCCAGUCCACCCAGGACACCUUUUGGACGGUCGCCAGCGCAUUUGCAAACACCGACGCAGCCAGCACGGUUGAUCGCACGAGCUGGGUCUCGCGUGAGAGCGCGGUGAUAUUCGACGACAGAUGGAUGUUAAGCCACAAUAAAGACUUUACCAAAUUGUUGCCACCGGAGAUUCUAGACAAAGUCUUUGGCUACGUCCCUUACAAAGCGCUCCUCCAAUGCCAGCUGGUUAGUCGGAACUGGCGGGAUGUGACGAACUCAAACACAAUUUGGCGGGAAAAGUACGCCCAGGAAUGGGGGCUCUCUCCGACCGUCACAACUCUGCCCUCUGGCAAAUCCCGCGAUUGGAGGAGGCUAUACGAGGUUCGAACUGCGCUGGAUCGCAAUAUGCUGAACUCGCAAUACGCUUCAUACCAUUUAGAGGGCCACAAAGAUGGCGUUUACUGCGCAAAGUUCGACAACAAAGAGAUUUUGACCGGAUCAAGAGACAACACGCUGAAAGUGUGGGAUUUCAAGACGCGGAAACAGCUGCAUUCCCUCGAUGGCUACGGUGGCUCGGUGCUUUGCAUGGCAAUGGAUGACAAGAUCGUGGUUUCUGGCUCGUCAGAUACCCGUUGCUUGAUUUACGAUAGAAAGACCUACCGCCAGAUUGGCAAGUUGGAAUUCCACGACGCACCGGUCCUCGAUGUUGCAUUGACCGGCAGCCGAAUUAUUUCCGCAGGCAAGGACGGCCGAAUCGCCGUGUGGAGACGCAGGGAUAUGCACAUGCAAUACUACCUGAAAGCUCAUAGAGGCCCCGUCAACGCAGUCGCAGUUUGCGGGUCAACAUUUUUAACCGCCGGGGCAGACGGGCUCAUCAAGCAGUGGUCUACGGCAACCGGCGAACACAUUCAGACUCUGAGAGGACAUACUAGAGGAUUGGCAUGCAUCGAUGUUUCAUCGUGUGCCAGAUAUGCUGUCUCGGGUUCAAACGAUCGCACCCUGCGUAUCUGGAACAUGGAAACCGGCGAGUCGAGAUGCCUCGAGGGCCAUUUGGACGUUGUGCGUUCGGUUUGCAUUUCUGGGUCUCGGGUCAUUUCUGGGUCUCGGGUCAUUUCUGGGUCUCGGGUCAUUUCUGGAUCUUAUGACAGCAUGAUCAAAGUCUGGGAUCUCAGAUCGGGCAAGUUCCUCAGCGAGUAUCGUCAACCAAAUGGCAACUCCGUUUUCUGCGUCCGAGCAAACGCCCGUUACAUUGUAGCCACAUCUGUAGGUGUGCACCCGACGAUUCUGGAUUUCGGUGCCACCCUUGGGGCAUCUGCGCCAAACAAUUGA